AAAAGAAGUUUUUUAAUUUGAAUAUCAGUCUAGUUUACCUUUCUGUUCUGACACCAAAAAUGAACAAACGUAUUUAAAUGUUUGUAUUACAACAAGAGAAAGAAGAUAUAUAAAAAUUUAUAAGCAAACGAUGCCUGAUAAAAAUUGCAUGUGGAAAACACAUUUAACAUUAGCCUCAUAUUCGAAACAGUUGCUAUAUUCAAGUUGGGAGCUAAGCUAGGGAUUUCUAACCCUAAGCUCUAAGAUUACGUAACCGAACCUUUUUAUUAGUGAUCAUCAUUUCAUUAUUUCUCAGUGACGAACUCUGCGCAUAUAUAUGUGCACUUCCAAGUUUCGAUUUCAUGAAUUUUUAAAUUUGCCGUUGGUUCUAUAAUUUAAGACAGUCAAAGUUUUUUUGGAAGUCAACAGCAAAUUAUACGAAUAUAUUAGCCAAUGCUGGCAUCUACACAGUCUUCAUCUCUUGUAAGCCAGGAGAUAUAUACAUCUUCUAAUGCUACAACGUCAGCAUCGUCUUCGAAUUCAACAACUAAUGGAGAAAGUUGUGUCAAUACUAAUAAUAACUUAUCGGAAUGUCUUACCGCUUCUUCUUCAACACCUCCUUCUUAUUUUUUAUUAUACUACUGGACAAUAUUAUAUACUUAUAUAACAAAUAUUUUCAGUAAAUCAACUGCAAGGUUACGAAGACAUUCCACUGGCGAGCAUGCAUAUAUGGCACAAACAUCAGUUUCUGAUACUAAUAAUAACAUUAAUAGUAAUACAAACAAUAAUAAUUCACCACAACAACCACUUCGUCGUUCUCCGCGAUUUAAAUCAAAAAAGCAAUUGCAACAACAAAUUACUUCUUCAUCAGUUGAUAGUAUAUCCCCACUUAAAGCUGCCAAUUCAUCGAUUCGUUUGAGAAAUAAUUCAAAGACAUCAACACAAUCAUUUAUGAUGAAAACGAAGACACUUAUAUUGGAUUUGGACGAAACCUUAAUACAUUCAACAUCGAGGGGAUCGCGAGCAGACGCGCACAUGAUUGAAGUCAUGGUAGAUAAUCAUGCUUGUUUAUAUUACGUGUAUAAAAGACCACAUGUGGAUCAUUUUUUGAAAAAGGUUAGUGAAUGGUACAAGGUAGUUAUUUUUACUGCCUCUAUGCCUGAAUAUGCUGACCCUGUAAUCGAUUGGUUGGAUCCAAAUAAAAAUUUAAUCUGUAAUCGAUUUUUUCGACAGUCUUGUACCAAUCGAAAUGGAGCUUACAUUAAAGAUUUAACAAUUGUUGAACCAGACCUUUCAAAGGUCUGUUUAGUUGAUAAUUCACCAAUAUCUUAUGCUAUGCAACAAGAAAAUGGGAUAGCAAUUGAAGGCUGGAUAAAUGAUCCUAAUGAUGAAGCGUUGUUAGAUCUUUUACCUUUCUUAGAUGCAUUAAGAUUUACCGAGGAUGUAAGAUCUAUAUUAUCUCUAGCAACUUAUUGAUAUCAGGGGAAAAAAAGAAAAUACUAUUUUCAUUAAUCACAAAGAAAGUUCUGUAGUAAAAAAAAAAAAAAAACUUUUGUU